CUAAUGCAAAGCUGGAGAAAAGCUGCAUUUCACACUGGGAACCCAUACGGACAAUAAAGAGCGCAGGGAUCAACAUUAACAGUUGGCAGGGUCAAAAUGUCGCCGUGAGAUUGGCCGCAUUUACCCUUUGCUGCUGAAGCAACCUUUUUAAACAUUUUCUACAAAACAUGUACGUGGGAUACAUACUGGAUAAAGAAAGCGGGAUGUAUCACCAAGGGCCAGUUAGAAGAUCGAGCAUCAAUCUUCCCCCACAGAACUUCGUGUCUUCUCCACAGUACACCGACUUUACUGGAUACCAUCAUGUGCCAAACAUGGAAACGCACGCACAAUCCGGGGUUGGUUGGGGACCUUCAUAUGGCGCCCCAAGGGAGGACUGGGGUGCGUAUAGUCUUGGACCUUCUAACAAUCUUCCUCCCCCCAUGAACAACUCCUCUCCUGGACAAGUUCCUUACUGUUCGUCCGAGUACAGUCACAUGCACCCUCCCGGGUCUGCGGUGCUGCAGCCGCCGUCGGACAACGUUACAGUUGCACAACUUUCUCCUGAGAGGGAAAGGCGCAAUUCAUACCAGUGGAUGAGCAAAACCGCACAAUCAUCGUCUACAGGUAAAACUAGAACGAAGGAGAAAUACAGGGUAGUAUACACAGACCACCAGAGGCUGGAGCUGGAGAAGGAGUUUCAUUUCAACAGAUACAUCACCAUUAGGAGGAAAUCUGAACUGGCUGUCAACCUGGGUUUGUCGGAAAGACAGGUGAAAAUAUGGUUCCAGAACCGCAGAGCCAAAGAGAGAAAGCUGAUAAAGAAGAAGUUGGGUCAGUCCGACGGCAGCAGCGGGUCCGUGCAUAGUGACCCGGGCUCGGUGAGCCCUCUGCCGGUGCCGGGCUCCCUCAGUCCCACAGAGAUCCACGGCUCUCUGUACCCUCCCCAGGGAAUGAACACCUUGCCGUCUAUCAGGAAUAUCCAGCAGGUGACUGUGACUCAGUAGAACAUGUGGACCAUCUGAUCUCUCCUAACUGAGCACUCCAACACGCUGACAGGACACAGCAGAAGGAUUGGACCUCUCAACGCUGCGGACAAGCGUUUGGUUUUUAUAGGAAAGACAUGCUGGAGGCUCUUCAAAUAUUACUUUUAAUAGAAUAGUUCUAAUGAAUUGGGAAUUUUAAACGAAAACAAAAUGUUUCAACCUUUAAAAAAAAAAAAAAUCUUUAAAUUGUUUGUGAGUUUAUAAGAUAUAAAUAUGGUGCUUUGUUUGUGAAUGUGUUUGUUGAUAAAAUUCAGAAGAAAAGGGUCAUUCCAGCGAAGAUUUACGCUGGAUAAAGUGCAGCUGAACCAAGGCGUUUACUUGACAAAUCAUUUUUCACUUGUUUUUAGCACAAUUCUGUGCACAAAGGGCAGCUGUUAAUGAUGCGGGUAUAUUAUCGUCUAAUGGCAACUUUAUAAAUGUAAAUAAAGUGUUUUUCUACAAGA